AUGGAUCAGCCUGAGGAUACAUCUAUGGACCUAGAUGGCGAUGAUUCAGAGUACGAAUAUGAAUAUGAGUAUGACCCUUUUGAAACAGAGACAGUGUAUGUUAACCUCGAACUAUCCUCGGUUAACGGGCUCAUACGGCCACCGAGAAAGCGAUCAUCUACUUCGACUCCAAUCCACUCUCCAAUUGACCCCUCCAUGACACCGUCAAUGGAUGGUGAUGGAGGGCAAGAUCACAACGACCAAGAGCAAGAGUCACAAAGCCGAGUCCAGAUAAUGGACCUUCACUCCUCCAACCCAAUAAUUUCAUAUGGCAACCAGAUAUUUAGCUGUUCCUGGGCGGAUAUGAUAGGAACCGAGCUGAUGUUCACACGAUCAUCCGAGAGACUGCCCAGCUCAACCCCCCCGCUCUGGCGAAACGAAGAAGACAACAGUGAGCUCCUCAGCGCCAGCCGGGUGAGAAUCGUGGGCCAAAAAGCCAAUCUAAUAUCCAGCGCGGGCGGCCACAGCCAAAGCGUGUUCGGCAAUGAUCUGGGUGACGCAUCCAGGAUGGCAGUGAGUAACCAGGCACGAUUCCUGGCGCGGUUGGCGAAGGCAAAACAUGCCAGGGGCGAAACCGAUGCUGUCAGGACUGUGUUUCCAUUAAAAAAGAGUCAAAUUCAAGGGGAAAAGAUUGCGGGGUGGAACAGGGUUGAAGCGGCUGUUGCGGAGGCUGAGAGGUUGAAUAAGUUGGCGCUCGAAGGUGAUGGGGAUGCACUGCAGGCGUUGGAGCGGAUGUACGCUGAGCGGAGCGGCAGUGGCCAGGUUUCGAACCAGGAUAGUCGUGGGUCUGGGGUGCAGACGGGAUCUACAACGCCUACGGCCAGUGAGCCUGCAGGCUCCUGA